CAAAAAAUCAAAAGUAAAAAUCGAUUAACGACCAUCGUUUUUCCCUCAAACUAUUGGCAUCUGUUAGUGCUCCGUCGUCUUCUGAUUGUCCUCCUAAUCGGAGAAGAAGGGCAACCAAAUCCACGUUGUCCGUCGUCGUUUUCUAAGGCAUUGAAAUAUUCGUCCUCCGAAUUCGUGGUUUUCCGAUUCUCCCCGGCGCUCCUUGAGCGUACGGUAGCCUCAGCGCGCGAAACAAUCAGACGGUGGCGAUGGCGUCGGCGCAGAAACAAUCGGCGAAUGUGGAUCUAUUCGAUGCGUAUUACCGACGAGCCGAUUUGGACCCCGAUGGCCGGAUUAGUGGCAAUGAAGCCGUCGCUUUCUUCCAGGGCUCCGGUCUCCCCAAACUGGUCCUUGCGCAGAGGUUUUAACGCAGGUGUGGGAUUUAUCCGAUCAGGAUAACAAUAGCAUGCUUUCUGUCAGAGAGUUUUGUGUUGCCUAUAUUUGCUGGAGCGUUUAGGGAUGCCCUCUUCCAGCAGUGCUACCAAACAAUGUUAUGCUUGAUUUAUCCAAUAUUUUUCAACCUGCAAAUAAUUACUCCAAUGCUGCAAUGUAGCCUGGAGACCUGCAUCUUGCUUUUAACAACAGCAACCGAUCCUUGGUCCUGGUGCUUGGCACAUGGCAACCCCAGCUGGAGGAAGGCCACUGAAGCCAGUUGCUCCUUCUCAUGCUGAGGAAAAGCAGCAGGCCAAUCAGCAGAAACCUAGAGUACCAGAAUUGGAGAAACAUCUUGUAAAUCAACUGAGUACAUAGGAGGUUAACUCACUGAACUCAAAAUUCAAAGAAGCAACUGAAGCUGAUAAAAAAAGUAGAACUGGAUAAAGAAAUUUUGGAUGCUAGAGAGAAAAUUGAAUAUUUCCGGGUCAAAAUGCAGGAACUUGCUGGCAACCUGGCAUCCAAGAAGGAGCUGCUGACUGGGAUGAGGUUUGGCAUAGCUUUGAAGAUGAAGGAUUCACUUUUGUCAAGGAGCUCACUCUUGAUGUGUCAAAUGUCUUGGCACCUCCAAAACAGAAAUAAUCAUCAGUUGAGAAAGCAAAAGCUCCCCCAGUUGAGAGUCCAACAACCGCUUCUUCACCUAAAGUUGAUGUUAAGUCAGAAAGGCCUCAAAGUACGGAUGCCAAGGUUGUUGAAAAUGGAGCAGCAUAUGAUAAAAAUGAGGACGAGUCAGCAAAAAGUGCUCCGAACAGUCCAUUUGCCAGCAGUACUGUUGGAUGAUAUGGAUCAGGAGAGUAAUAAGGAUCACUACUUUUCCGGCCCUGGGGAGUUCGGCCUCAACCCUAUCAGGACUGGGUCAUCACAAGGUGGUGGCUUUUCCCAGAGCCGCCCUUUUACUUUCGACGAUUCUGUUCCUAGCACACCACUCUCAGCCUUCAAUUCAGGGUAUUCACCGCCAAGGUACAAGGAUAGCUCAGAACCUUCAUUUGACACCUCUAGGUUUGAUUCGUUCAGAAGCACACAAGAUACUGGAUUUUUUCCUCAACCAGAAACACUCGGAAGAUUUGAUUCUAUGCGCAGCAGUAGAGAUUUUGAUCAGGGUAAUGGUUUUCCAACAUUUGAUGACAUCCCAGACCCUUUUGGCUCUUCGGCGCCAUUUAGGUCAUCGCUGGACAGUCAAACUCAAAGAAGAGACUCAGACCCCUUCGGAUCUUCAGGUCCAUUUCGGACGUCACUGGACAGUCAAACUCCCAGAAAAGAAUCAGAUUUUUUUGGGUUUUCAGCAGCGCCAUUUAGGACAUCAUUGACAGUCAAACUUCAAGAGGAGACUCGGACGCAUUUCGGUCCUCUCCAUCUAGGACAUCAUUCACUCCAAGAAGAAACUCGGACCCAUUUGGGUCUUCAGGGCCUUUCCGGACGUCAUUGGAGACUCCGAAAAAGACUCUGAUCAUUGGAGUGCAUUUUAGCCAGGUAGUUGCUCUGCUUCGUUUUAGUGUCUGUUAUUCGCCGUUCCAAGCCUUUCUAUCGUGGGUGUUACGGGCCGUGGCCAAGUUUUAUGCUUUGAAAUCAUUGUGCCUGUAAUGUGUCUUUUGUAUUUCAUUUCUUUGUAUAUGCAUCUCGCUUUGUCUUCAUUCUUUUUUUCCUUUAGCUUAUAAUUUUUCUCCGUAAUUUUGGAAUGUUCCUAGUCCUAUUGAAGCGAAGACCCCUAUAGUUUUAUCGUUGUUACAAAUUUUAUGAUUGUAUUAUUAAACUGGGGUUGUGCCUUUCUUUUUUCGACCUUAAUUUGCUGUAAUAUUUUACCCCCUUAAUAAAAUUUGUUCUGCUGA